ACAAGAGGAGCUCUCACUAUAAAACAGAGCACAUGUGCUUCUCACUAACCACACAACAGAGAAGCAAAGAAGCAAAGAAAGCUCAUUUGGUGGAAAGCAAAGAGAUUGAAGAAAAGUAACUAUGGCAAAGGACGUGGAAGCCGUUCCCGGAGAAGGAUUUCAGACAAGAGACUAUCAAGAUCCGCCGCCGGCGCCGCUGUUUGACCCGGAGGAGCUAACAAAGUGGUCUUUUUACAGAGCAGUCAUCGCCGAGUUCGUAGCCACUCUUCUCUUCUUAUACAUCACCGUUUUGACAGUCAUCGGUUACAAGAUUCAGUCCGAUACUACUGCCGGCGGCGUCGAUUGCGGCGGCGUUGGAAUCCUCGGUAUCGCUUGGGCCUUUGGUGGCAUGAUCUUCAUCCUCGUCUACUGCACCGCCGGUAUCUCUGGUGGUCACAUAAACCCAGCAGUGACAUUUGGGCUACUCUUGGCCCGUAAAGUGUCGUUAGUGAGAGCCAUAUUGUACAUGGUGGCUCAGUGUUUGGGUGCAAUUUGUGGAGUUGGGUUCGUCAAAGCCUUCCAAAGCUCGUACUACAUCCGUUACGGUGGUGGAGCCAACUCUCUAGCCGAAGGCUACAGCACAGGCACUGGCCUCGCUGCAGAGAUCAUCGGUACUUUCGUUCUCGUCUACACCGUCUUCUCUGCCACCGACCCAAAACGUAGCGCCAGAGAUUCCCAUGUUCCGGUGUUGGCGCCACUUCCGAUCGGAUUUGCGGUGUUCAUGGUACAUUUAGCUACCAUUCCGAUCACCGGAACCGGAAUUAACCCGGCAAGGAGUUUCGGAGCAGCCGUUAUCUUCAACGAGAGCAAGCCAUGGGAUGACCACUGGAUAUUUUGGGUGGGACCAUUCAUUGGAGCUGCGAUUGCUGCAAUCUAUCACCAAUUCGUUCUAAGGGCUUCAGGUUCCAAGUCUCUCGGAUCAUUCAGAAGUGCCGCCAACGUCUAAAAACACUCUUAUCCACCACCAAAUUAAAGCAGAUCCUGAAAUAAAAUAAAAGGAUAACUGCAAAAUAGUUUGUUAUCUUCUAUAUGUAUGUACAAAUCCACAUCAGUCACUUGCACUACUCUUUUCUUUUCUUAAUGCUUUUUUACUUGCUCUUUGUUGUGAAUUUUCUUCCCGCGUAAUUGUGUUUAUUUCGCCAAUGCCAAGUUUAUCGAGUGAUUGGAAAUCAAAGAGUGUUCUUAUUGCGGUUGUGUCUCUAUAUUUAUGUUUACAUCUAAUGUACAUCUCCUCUACAUA